AUGGACUUGGUCAACUACAUCCUCACUGUCUGCGCUACAGCCACCGCCGUCGCCAUAAUCGUCGAUAACCACAAACAGUUCUUUCAGCUGACCUCCUUCGCUAUUGUGUUGGGUUUCCUGGUCUCCGGCCUCUACUUUUGCUUCCUGGUCGUGGUCGCCACUAUCGCUCAAACUUGCAGCGCCCUCGGAGUUCACCCUCAAGCCUUCCCACCCAUAGCAUUCUCGCAGCAAUGGAUCAACACCACCAAAAUCGCCUUUUACCACCCUACAAGCCCGUCAAUGACCUUUGUCAUGAUCCUGUCUCCUACGAUCUUGGCUAGCAUUUUGAGAUAUCAAAAGCACUACUACAACGAGGCCCAUAAGACCGCAACUCUCGAGAUACUCGCGGCCGAGCUAGCUAUUCAACCAUUCCAAAAGGUCGUGAAUCGGAACACACUCGAGCUUACCAAAACCCGCACUUGUCUGUCCUGUCCACUCUGUCAACAGCCAUUUGAACGUCCCCAAACCCUCACGCCUUGCGGCCAUACAUUUGACCUCCUCUGUCUCCAAAAGCACCUGCGCAACUCUCCGCCGUCACUCUUUGACGUCCAAAACAACCUCGUUCGUCUCCCUUCGCGUCAAAAACUGUGUCCGUCCUGUCGCGUUCCCACGAUGGCCGAGCCUGCUCCAGCCUGGUUCGUCAAAUGUCUUGUCGACACAGCUGCUCCGCCAAAUACUAAGAUUGUGCCAAUGCACGAAGGCGACGAUGAAGAUGGCGAUGACACCUUCCGAGUCGACCCAUGGAUCGGCAUCUACAAGGAGAAACCUGUCAGCUAUGCUUUUAUUCGUCGUGUUGCUGGCUUUUUCCGGCGAGGCCAAAUUCGUGGACAAUAA